CCAUUUCGACCCCAAAGCUCCACUCAGCGUUGCAGUCGAUGCAUCGGACACCGCCAUUGGCGCCGUCCUGCAGCAAUUCACUGAGGGAUGCUGGAAACCACUCGCUUUCUACUCCCGACGCUUACAACCGGCAGAAGUCAAGUACAGCACGUUCAGCCGCGAACUGCUGGCAGUUUAUUCUACCGUCCGACAUUUCAGGCACGUCUUAGAAGGUAAUUCGUUCGUUAUCUUCACCGACCAUAAGCCGCUUAUUUACGCCUUUCGAAAUCAAUCAGCUCGACACUCACCACGUGAGGUUCGUCAGCUGGAUUUCGUGGCUCAAUUUUCUACUGACCUCCGACACAUUUCAGGUCAGAAUAACGUCGUUGCUGACGCUCUUUCGCGCGUCUCCGCAAUCCACACCGCUGGCCAGGCAAUCGACUUAUCUGCCAUGGCUACCGCGCAACUAACCGACACUGACUGUCAGAACGUCAAACAAGAUUCUUCGCUACGAAUCACAUCGCAUCCACUGCCGUCAUCUGAUGGCACAAUCUUGUGCGAUACUUCUACUGGACGACCUCGACCCGUCGUUCCAGAAACCUUUCGACGUCUAGUUUUCGACACACUUCAUAACAUCGCUCAUCCAGGCAUCCGAGCCACGAUCAAGCUCAUAUCCGAGAGAUACGUUUGGCUCGGAAUGCAACGCGAUCUUAAGCGCUGGGCACGCGGUUGUCUAACGUGUCAGCAGGCCAAGAUACAGCGGCACGUGUCCGCUCCGCUUGGUCGUUUUCCGCAAGUCUCAGCUCGCUUCGCCCAUGUCCAUCUCGACAUAGUUGGACCCUUGGCACCAUCCAGAGGAAUGGUCUACAUUCUGACCAUGAUCGACCGAUACACCCGUUGGCCCGAGGCCGUACCUAUACCCGACGUAUCCGCGGACACCGUAACGCGCGCUUUCGUUGAGCGCUGGGUCGCUUCACAUGGCUGUCCAGCCACCGUGACUACCGACCGCGGUCCGCAGUUCGAAUCCUCGACCUUCAACGAUCUUCUCAAAGUCCUCGGAUGUCAACGCAUCCGGACUACCGCCUAUCACCCGCAAUCCAACGGCAUGGUGGAACGUUUCCACCGACAGCUGAAGGCCUCACUUAGUGCCGCUAAUGCACUAAGCUGGACCGAAGCACUGCCUAUGAUACUACUUGGUAUCCGAUCAGCUCUUAAAGCUGAUUUGCACACGUCCAGCGCCGAACUGGUAUAUGGACAACCUCUUCGACUACCUGGGGACUUCUUUUCUGGAAACCCCAGAACACCCCGCUACGACGCGAAUUACGCUCGGCAGUUAGCCACGAGCAUGCGCCAUAUCAAAGUAACCGACGUGCGAGAACAACGACGUAAAUCGUUCGUUCCACAAGAUCUACUGCAUUGCGCUUACGUUUUCCUUCGAGUCGAUGGUCUACGCAGACCACUCGAACGACCCUACGAAGGUCCAUUUAAGGUUCUUAAACGUAAGGACCGCGUAUUCGUUAUCGACCGCCACGGUAAACGUGAAACUGUCUCUAUCGACCGUCUCAAGGUUGCCCAUGUGGAACCUGAGAUCGACGAUGACUCCCGUCCACCUUCGGACGAGUCAACGCAGCCUAUGAUCGACGACACGCCUACUUCCGAUGCUACGAAGCAUUCUCCGACUAACCCUUCCGACUCAGUUCCUUCCGAUUCUAUCGAGCCGAAAGCUUCCUCAUCCGACAAAACUGCUGGAUCGACAACGCCUCCGACCGAACGUCCGAAAUCGACUAGGUCAGGUAGGCGGGUUCAUUGGCCAGCGCGAUUAAAAGAUUAGUCUUCUUUUCAUUCUUCCUUUCCCGCUUCCUUUUUGCUUGUGGCCUAACCCGCCCAACAAAACGGCAGUUUUGAAAACCCAAAAAUUUGCAAAGCGUUUUGAAAACCCCAAAAACCGCAAAAACGUUUUGAAAACCUAAAAAGGAGAAAAUCGUUUUGAAAACACAAAAUGGUUCUCGCUUUAUUCGCUUAUCGCACUCGGUAAGUGCUAUCGCCUUUUGUUAGCUCUGUCGCUCGCACCUGUUUGACACUCCGCGUUUCCGCUUCUUUUUCAUAUCCCCGACACGCGGACGUUCAACGACAAUCGAACGUUACGUUUUCGGACACUACGUGCUCAAACAUCAUGUGCUGUGACACUACGCACUCGAACGCUACGAACAUUUCCCCCCAUUUUGUGUUUUUGGCACCUGUAGGGAGGACACGGGUGGGAGCCCCCUAGCGUCCGAUCGCAUUGGUUCUCCCCCAGCAGCUGCAUCAGGUUUCACCGCCUGGUCUCGCAGAAGGCUGGCCGGCGACGGACAGUCCUCACGUAGAUCGAAGGGUCACCUACGGUUCCCUUCUAAGAGGGGGCUGUGUAGUGACCUGGAGAUUCCCCUGUUUGGCUGCCGCAUGCUGCGUAAAAUAUUACAAAAUCACAAAAUUAUAUUUUCUCGAUGUACAUAGCAAAUUAGCCGCUCGCCUGUUUGAACGUUGCUCGCGUUUGUUUGAGUCAACAUAGCAUCCGCCUUCGAACGGCGCGACGCUCAUCGGCUCCGCGGCCAUCUUUGCUCUCCGCGCACGCGACCACACCUUUCCCCUAGCUAGCUAUCUUCCGGUGCCUUAUUUUUAGCACUAGAUAGCGUUUCGCCCCACUUAAUAAAUUUUUCCUAGCGUUACUUUUGGUGUUCUCCACUCAUCGGAGGUUGGCCUUAUAUUCGCGUAUUGGUUCUAAAGCGUACCGAUCCUGCUUCUCGCUUUAUUGGUGACCCCGACUUUUGGUCAUUAUCCGGUGAGUUUUCGCUAACCUUUCUUUUCAGAUUUGGCCACAUUUUUUCGCUAACCCGUCUGAUUUUCACUUUUCAUUUUCCGGUUUAAUCUCGCUGGCUCGCUAUUUUGCUCGCUAUGGAAACUGAUCGCGUAGAUUCUGACGUUCAGAUCGGCACAGUUACGCUUCCUAUCGCACCUUUUCGCGAGACUAAUCCUAAGUCUUGGUUUGGUCAGCUAGAGUCGCAAUUUUCUUUGCGUGGUAUUAGGUCCGAAAAGACCAAGUUCCACCUUGUCGUUUCCGCGCUUCCGCUAAAUGUCAUCGAUGACAUUGAUGACAUUCUAGAUCUUCCUGACGACCAAAAGACUUACGAUGCAGUCAAGACAGCUGUUCUGAGAAGAACAGGCUUAUCCGAUCGACAACGAGUUACGAAACUCCUCAACGAAACCGAUCUUGGCGAUCUUAAGCCGUCUCAGCUGCUUCGAAAAAUGCAGAGCCUAGCUAAACCCACUUCGAUAGAUGAUUCUUUUCUUCGGGAAAUGUGGUUGCAACGACUUCCGCGCGAGAUGCUACACAUCCUCUGCGCUAGUGAGGAUGCACCUUUAUCCAAACUGGCCGAUACAGCCGACCGAAUUUGGGAGUCGUACGGCCAGGUUUCGCAGGUCCAGACGAAACCGGACGACGAUAUCGCCACGCUUAAAUCCCAGAUGGCAACAUUGACUCGACAAUUCGCAGACUUUUCGGCCUCCGGACAUAACCGCUGUAAAUGCUCUAGGAGCCGUUCGCGUUCACGUUCGAACUCUCCUUCGCGAUCACCGAAUAGAAACGGUUACUGCUGGUACCACGAACGAUUCGGCCAGCAAGCUAAAUCAUGUCGCCCGCCCUGUUCCUUCAAACGACAGCAGCAGGGAAACGGGCGGACCAGCACGUAGGGGCGACGGACGUAGCUGGUCAACGCAGUCGCCUUUUCUUCGUCACCGAUCGUAGAACCGGAGUUCGCUAUCUCGUCGAUACUGGCGCAGAAGUCAGCGUUCUCCCGCGUGAUCCAAACGACCCGACCGAAAAGGUGACUAGCUCAUUGCGCGCAGCUAACGGGACCAUUAUCCGCGUAUAUGGUCAACGCUCGCGCACGCUAAAUCUCAGCCUCCGACGCGCUUUCAAAUGGAUAUUCCUCGUUGCGGAUGUUCAAACGCCUAUCCUUGGUCUCGACUUCUUACGUCAUUACGACCUACUCGUCGACGUUAAGCGACACCGUCUAGUCGACCGCCUUACGAAUCUCGCAGUCAUUGGGACUUUGACCGACACCGCGUCAAUCAGUCCCGUGUACGCGACUCAACUUAGUUCACCCGUCGGGCAAACGCUGCUCGAUAGUUUUCCGCAGGCCUUCCGUCCUGCCGUCCCGUUGCCUUCCGCAACCGACGCCGCGACACAUCACAUCGUUACGAAAGGUCCGCCUGUGUUCGCAAAAGCCAGGCGCAUGACCCCCGACAAGCUCAAAAUUGCACGCUCCGAAUUCGAGCACAUGCUAGACUUAGGCAUUAUUCGCCCGUCUAAGAGCCCGUGGGCGUCGCCUCUACACAUGGUGCCUAAAAAGUCAGGAGACUGGCGUCCAUGUGGCGACUAUCGCGCUCUCAAUAACGCUACCGUCCCCGACCGCUAUCCGAUUCCGCACAUUCAGGACAUCACGGCUAGCCUACGUGGCGCCCGUGUGUUCUCGAAGAUCGAUCUGGUUCGCGCUUACCACCAGAUCCCUGUAGCCGAGGAUGACAUUCCGAAAACCGCAGUCAUCACGCCUUUCGGACUUUUCGAAUUCUUGCGAAUGCCCUUCGGUCUUCGCAACGCAGCUCAGACUUUUCAACGCUUCAUAGACUCUGUCACGAGAGGUCUCGACUUUGUUUAUCCUUAUAUAGACGACAUCUUAGUAGCUAGUUCUUCCGAAGAACAGCACGCGGAGCACCUCAAGAUGCUUUUCGAGAGGUUAGCCUCUAAUAGCAUUACUGUCAACGCUGACAAAUGCAUCUUUCAGCAACCAUCUAUCGAAUUUCUUGGUCAUCGAAUUGACCAGCAUGGCAUACGGCCGCUCGAAGACCGAGUCAGCGCUAUUAAGGACUUUCCCGUUCCGACUACUUUGGCCGCCAUCCGCCGUUUUAGUGGGAUGAUCAACUACUACCGUCGAUUUCUGCCACGUUGUGCCGACUUGCUCAGUCCAUUGACCGACUUACUUCGUGGACGCAAGAACGGCAACGUCGAGUUGACGCCCGCUGCAACCGAAGCCUUCAAGGCCUGCAAAGAGGCCUUGGCUGAAGCCGUUAUGCUUCACCAUUUCGACCCCAAAGCUCCACUCAGCGUUGCAGUCGAUGCAUCGGACACCGCCAUUGGCGCCGUCCUGCAGCAAUUCACUGAGGGAUGCUGGAAACCACUCGCUUUCUACUCCCGACGCUUACAACCGGCAGAAGUCAAGUACAGCACGUUCAGCCGCGAACUGCUGGCAGUUUAUUCUACCGUCCGACAUUUCAGGCACGUCUUAGAAGGUAAUUCGUUCGUUAUCUUCACCGAUCAUAAGCCGCUUAUUUACGCCUUUCGAAAUCAAUCAGCUCGACACUCACCACGUGAGGUUCGUCAGCUGGAUUUCGUGGCUCAAUUUUCUACUGACCUCCGACACAUUUCAGGUCAGAAUAACGUCGUUGCUGACGCUCUUUCGCGCGUCUCCGCAAUCCACACCGCUGGCCAGGCAAUCGACUUAUCUGCCAUGGCUACCGCGCAACUAACCGACACUGACUGUCAGAACGUCAAACAAGAUUCUUCGCUACGAAUCACAUCGCAUCCACUGCCGUCAUCUGAUGGCACAAUCUUGUGCGAUACUUCUACUGGACGACCUCGACCCGUCGUUCCAGAAACCUUUCGACGUCUAGUUUUCGACACACUUCAUAACAUCGCUCAUCCAGGCAUCCGAGCCACGAUCAAGCUCAUAUCCGAGAGAUACGUUUGGCUCGGAAUGCAACGCGAUCUUAAGCGCUGGGCACGCGGUUGUCUAACGUGUCAGCAGGCCAAGAUACAGCGGCACGUGUCCGCUCCGCUUGGUCGUUUUCCGCAAGUCUCAGCUCGCUUCGCCCAUGUCCAUCUCGACAUAGUUGGACCCUUGGCACCAUCCAGAGGAAUGGUCUACAUUCUGACCAUGAUCGACCGAUACACCCGUUGGCCCGAGGCCGUACCUAUACCCGACGUAUCCGCGGACACCGUAACGCGCGCUUUCGUUGAGCGCUGGGUCGCUUCACAUGGCUGUCCAGCCACCGUGACUACCGACCGCGGUCCGCAGUUCGAAUCCUCGACCUUCAACGAUCUUCUCAAAGUCCUCGGAUGUCAACGCAUCCGGACUACCGCCUAUCACCCGCAAUCCAACGGCAUGGUGGAACGUUUCCACCGACAGCUGAAGGCCUCACUUAGUGCCGCUAAUGCACUAAGCUGGACCGAAGCACUGCCUAUGAUACUACUUGGUAUCCGAUCAGCUCUUAAAGCUGAUUUGCACACGUCCAGCGCCGAACUGGUAUAUGGACAACCUCUUCGACUACCUGGGGACUUCUUUUCUGAAAACCCCAGAACACCCCGCUACGACGCGAAUUACGCUCGGCAGUUAGCCACGAGCAUGCGCCAUAUCAAAGUAACCGACGUGCGAGAACAACGACGUAAAUCGUUCGUUCCACAAGAUCUACUGCAUUGCGCUUACGUUUUCCUUCGAGUCGAUGGUCUACGCAGACCACUCGAACGACCCUACGAAGGUCCAUUUAAGGUUCUUAAACGUAAGGACCGCGUAUUCGUUAUCGACCGCCACGGUAAACGUGAAACUGUCUCUAUCGACCGUCUCAAGGUUGCCCAUGUGGAACCUGAGAUCGACGAUGACUCCCGUCCACCUUCGGACGAGUCAACGCAGCCUAUGAUCGACGACACGCCUACUUCCGAUGCUACGAAGCAUUCUCCGACUAACCCUUCCGACUCAGUUCCUUCCGAUUCUAUCGAGCCGAAAGCUUCCUCAUCCGACAAAACUGAUGGAUCGACAACGCCUCCGACCGAACGUCCGAAAUCGACUAGGUCAGAUAGGUGGGUUCAUUGGCCAGCGCGAUUAAAAGAUUAGUCUUCAUUUCAUUCUUCCUUUCCCGCUUCCUUUUGCUUGUGGCCUAACCCGCCCAACAAACGGCAGUUUUGAAAACCCCAAAAACUGCAAAAACCUUUUGAAAACCUAAAAAAGAGAAAAUCGUUUUGAAAAUACAAAAUGGUUCUCGCUUUAUUCGCUUAUCGCACUCGGUAAGUGCUAUCGCCUUUUGUUAGCUCUGUCGCUCGCACCUGUUUGACACUCCGCGUUUCCGCCUCUUUUUCAUAUCCUCGACACGCGGACGUUCAACCACAAUCGAACGUUACGUUUCCGGACACUACGUGCUCAAACAUCGUGUGCUGUGACACUACGCACUCGAACGCUACGAACAUUCCCCCAUUUUGUGUUUUUGGCACCUGUAGGGAGGACACGGGUGGGAGCCCCCUAGCGUCCGAUCGCAUUGGUUCUCCCCCAGCAGCUGCAGCAGGUUUCACCGCCUGGUCUCGCAGAAGGCUGGCCGGCGACGGACAGUCCUCACGUAGAUCGAAGGGUCACCUACGGUUCCCUUCUAAGACGGGGGCUGUGUAGUGACCUGGAGAUACCCCUGUUUGGCUGCCGCAUGCUGCAUAAAAUAUUACAAAAUCACAAAAUGAUAUUUUCUCGAUGUACAUAGCAAAAUAGCCGCUCGCCUGUUUGAACGUUGCUCGCGUUUGUUUGAGUCAACAUAGCACCCGCCUUCGAACGGCGCGACGCUCAUCGGCUCCGCGGCCAUCUUUGCUCUCCGCGCACGCGACCACAACUUUCCCUUAGCUAGCUAUCUUCCGGUGCCUUAUUUUUAGCACUAGAUGGCGUUUAGCCUCAUUAAUAAAUUUUUCCUAGCGU